AUGUGUGGCGCCACUUGGACCCCGUUGCUCCUGGCCCUGUUCGUGUCCCCUGCUUCCAGCCUGAUUGGGCCCAUGUCAAAGCCAAAUGGAGAUGCAGAUUUGAACAGCAUCACAAGUCACGUGACUUUGAUGGAACAGACGGUGAAGAGUCUCGAGGCCCGGUUCCAGACAGUAACAACCGAUCUGACAACUGUAAAAGCCGAUUUGAAAACAACGAGGACAGAAUUAUCCUCCCUUCAACUCCAGCACACUGGGACACUGCGGGAUCUCACCGUUACGCAGACACAGCUGAAAGAUGCAUUGACAGAACUACACACUGUGAAGGAUGAUCUCAAGAAAUCACAGUCAGAAUUAGCUCUAGUGAAAUUUCAGCUACAAUCUUCAAAUCUAUCAGAUUUGCCCAAUCUGAAGACUGAGCUUAAAACUGUUCAAACUGAACUUUCUGCUGCAAGAUCUCAGCUUAACGGAACCUCGUCUGAGCAGAGUGCUAUUAAGCAUGAACUUGUACAACUAACUUCCUCUAUGAAGACACUGAACGCCCAGAUAAAUGAGACCAUUUUGGAUGCAAUCAGUUCUGACCUGAAGUCGAAUUUGGCGGAAAUAGAUUCACUAAAAGCGGAAAUUUCCCUCACCAGGGCUGAUACGAACAGAACUGCGUGUGAAGUGGAGAUGAUUCAGGAUUAUAUGAAUUCCUCAUCUGCAGCUGUUGGGGACUUAAAAAAAGAACUAACUUCCUUGACACAAACAAUGGAAAACGCUACCCUGGAGGCGAACACAACGCAGAUUGAAGUCAGUCAUUUGAAGAAAGACCUUUAUGACUUGAAACAAAAUGUCGAGGACCAAAGUAAAAUGCUGAAUAAUAUUUCCUCUUCCAUAGAAGGACUUGAAACAGCCGUUGCAUUCCAAACUAGUCCCAGUGCCUACUACUUUGACGUGAAAGACACUGAGAAACUGAUAUUCGACUCGGCCCUCUACAACAUCGGAAAUAGUUACGAUGGCAAGACGGGGAUGUUCACAGCACCGGUAUCUGGGACGUUCAUAUUUUGGGCGGGUGUCAGCUCCUUUGGGAGAAACUCCCGUGUCACAAUCAGACUAAUCCUGAAUCAAGACCGCCAUGGUUGUUUGGCACAGGGAACGGGCAUCGCCAAUAACAAUUCCACGGAAAGUACCGCUUCUGUCAUGACAGCCGCCGAGCUAAGGAGAGGUGAUGUCGUUUGGCUGGAGAAGUACAGUGGCACUGACCGACUCUUCGGCACCCAAGAAUCAUACUUUGGUGGGGUACUCUUGCACCAACAUUAA